AUGUCUCUGAUAACACCAUUGCAAUUCAGUACUGUUCAGCCCAAUUUGUAUAGAGGUAGCUACCCUCGAGAGCUGAAUAUCCCGUUUUUACGGUCUCUGAGACUCAAGUAUGUAGUAUCUCUGACGCCGCAUUCUUUGGCGGAAGACCCAGUUAUGAGUCGGUUUUGCACAGAGGAUGGUAUUGAGAUGAUACAUAUACUGUGUCAAGAUGAGAAGAAGAGCAAGGAUAAGACUAAACCUAAAGUCAAGAGGAAGAAGAAGACUGUUCCAAUUGAAUACACUGUAGUUGAGGAAUGUGCCCGAUUUCUAGUUGACAAGCAGCAUUAUCCUUGCUACAUGCAUUGCACAAAUGGUGAGUUGAUUACUUCCUUGGUUGUGGCAUGCCUAAGGAAACUAUCAUACUGGAGCACAGUCUCAAUUCUGAAUGAAUUUUUAGCAUAUAAUUCCAGCAUAAACAUCCAUGAGCGUAACUUCAUUGAGAACUUCAGCUCAGAGAUACAAAUAGAGAAUGUUGAUCUGAGGAACAAAGUUCCAUGGAUGGCCAUUCAAGUAGUCAAGAAGAGAGAUAAGAAGGAUAUAGAUGAUGGAAAGCAUGAUGAUAGUCCUUCACCGAUGCCAAAACCAUUGCCCAAAUUGACAUUCCAUAGCGUUUAA